AUGCGAUUGUGCUCGGAAGGUGCCAGUGUCAAUGAAAUGGAUGACCGCUCGCUUCAGCGACGUUUGUCACUCACCGAUGUUACGUCACACGUGCAGCGGAUUUUUGAAAAGUCGGCAAAAAUUGGAAAGUAUAAGUCGGGCCACAAGGCAACUGAUAAAAAAGGUGAUAAAGCACCGGGACCAGCACAGCUACAGAAAGGAGCCUCAGUGAAGGAAAGGGUAAGUAUUUCACCGCAGAUAAACUGUUUCAAACUGCGCCUUUAG